ACUACUGUUUCCACGGUAGAAUUUGACACCGUGCAAGUCAACACCUUUUGCGUCUACACGACAAAACUGUAUGGCCUCCCUCGCGCUCUCUCGCCCGCGCCUCGGCCACCCGGCCAAGUCUCGCCUCGCCGAGGCUACCUCGGGGACAUAGGUCGGCAUCAAUGCCGAGACAGUGGACCUGGCAACCUACAUAGCAACCCGCAGCCGUUCAUUAGAAAUGUCGGACGAGUUUCAGGGGUACGUAGGAGCAGCAUAUCUCGGAAGCCCCAGGCGGGGUUUGCUGGGUUCUCGCGCGGCUCCAUCAGCCCCACGGAGCCCGCACGUGCGCAGCCCCACCGCCAAGGUGGCCAGGACUGGUCGUGCGGUGGUUGCGCAGCUCACAGUAGCAUCCCGGUGCAGCAGCAUUCCGGUGGCCGCGGCUGCAGCGCCGGCGGCGGAAGAGGAGGAGGUGCAGCCAGCGGCGGCGGAGGUGGCAGCUCGCACUUGGAGCGCGAUGCAGCGGGUGGGGCCCGCCGAGCUCCAGGGGGCGUCGCCGCCGCCACAGCCGCCGGCGAGGCAGGCCGAUGACCUCGCAGGCGGGGCUGGCCUGGUGAUGGAAGCCCUCGCGGGCACCCUCCAGGGCCAGAGGGAGACAAUGUGGUUCGACUCCCUGGUCCAGGGGCUGGGCUGCGUGGGCGUGGAAGGCGUGCAAGAGCUUGGCCCAGAGCUGACACUCGAGCAGCUGGGCGAGAAACUGGGCCUCGGGCCAUUCCCUGGCGACCUGGAGCUGGUGGUGCUGGUCUCCGGCACCAUCAUGCCGUUCAGCCGGAUGUGGCCUGUGACGCCGUCGGCGGCCGCCGCCUUGAACCGGGCAGUUGCCGGCCUGCCUGGCGCGCGGUCUGGCGUGAUGGCGGUGGAGCUGGGGGCGGGGCCGACGGGGCCGCCGCACGGCCAGUACGCGUACGUGCUCAUGAUGUCAGCGGUGGAGGUGGCGGAGGUGGCGGAGAAUGUGGAGAAGGUGGCGGCGGCGUUGGGGCAGCCAAUAGACGCGGCCGAGUCUCGCCGCCAGGCGCUGGAGUCGGUGCGCAGGCUCACCGCGAGGAAGGUGGGCUUCUGCCUUGAGAGCGAGUGGUGCGCCCUCGGCGACCUUAGCUCCGGGUUCCUGGACAUCGGGCUGGCCACGGCGUGCAGCCCCAGCCAGGCGCUCAAGAUCAUCGAGUUAUUACUCGUCUACCCCUGGAAGUGCCUCGUGCACCUCCGCGAGGAUGAGCUGGGCCUGGGCCUGGGCGUCUGCACGCUAGGCCUGUCGGCGGAGGCGGUGGAGGCGGCGCUGCGCUUUGCGCGGUGCAAGGAGCUGGACGUCGAGUGCAUCCGCGGAAGCGGGUGUGACGGGCACGCGCACUGCCGCCCGCGCCUGUACGCGAACAACGUCGGCAGCUACGCCAGCUGCAUCAGGCGCGCCAUGGACCUGGGCAUGCGGUUUGAGCCUGCGGUGGCAGUGUUCGGGGAGGCAGUGGCCAGCAUAGAAGCAGCUCAGGAAGUAGGCAGCGCAGGCUGUGAUGGCGGCAUCGGGAUCGGAUGACGAGGAGGAGGCAGCGGGUGGCGGCACCGGGAUCGGCAGUGGCGGCUGAUGCCAAGGGCGUGGCUGGCACUGCGGAGUGUGAGAGGGUCUGUAGUACUGCUCCUCAGCCUUGCAGCUUCGGAGGGUUGGAGGCGGUGAGUGAAGUGGAAGGUACUUUCAAGUUAGUUAUCUCGUUGUCCUUGGGCAACAUCAGCAAUUUUGAAGGGUCCAGACCGCAGGAAGGUUAGGUUUUGGGUACUGACACAAACCUCCUAGCCGCCCGAGGCUGAAAAGGAACUGCCCACUUCGUGCAGCGGACUUCCCUUCCUCCUCCCGGCCGCGGCUCACCGCGCGAGCUCCUCCUCUGUCGUGUGCCGCGGCUUUAGGUGUUGGAGCUGGUCGAACAGCCCGCUGACCUGCACCAGGCCGUGGAACACUGGAACCUGUGUAGGCGCGAGGCGGGCCGACGCGAGCGUGUUCAAGCAGGGUAGCGCGCUCAUGUAACCCCUGGAAGUC